AUGCUAUUAAAAGCUAGUAAAGCGGCAACCCUCUGGCAGGAGCCACCAAGGCGUACCAUAAUCGCUACCGAGCAAAAACCUGACUCGCAAUUCCACUCGGCUACACGCGAAGCAUUCGUCAGUGCGAAAUGUUGGAGCUAUUUAAAACGAAAAACCACCCCGAGAGACGUUCGAGACGGUCGACGCGGACAGCGGGAUUAG